CAUCCCUGACGCCGCCGAGGUCGCAUGCGUGAGGCUCCUCUGCCGCCGCCAAGAUGCGCUACGUUGCCUCCUACCUGCUGGCCGCUCUUGGGGGCAAUACCUCCCCCAGCGCCAAGGACAUCCAGAAGAUCCUGGACAGCGUGGGCAUCGAGGCGGACGACGACCGGCUCAACAAGGUCAUCAGUGAGCUGAACGGCAAGAACAUUGAGGACGUCAUUGCCCAGGGUAUCCACAAGCUGGUCAGCAUGCCCGCUGGUGGGGCUGUGGUCGUUUAUGCUGCCCCAGGAGCUGCAGCUCUUGCUGCGGGUUCUGCCCCAGCAGCAGCAGAGGAGGAGAAGAAGGAGGAAGGAGUCAGAUGA